AUGAUGCAUACUCUGAACGUGGUCUUGUUGGCUGGAAGCCUCUUGUUUGAUGUGACCCGCGGAGCUGCAUCACAAGCUUACACCUGGAAGAAUGUGCAAUAUCCAGGAGGCGGAGGUUUCGUUCCAGGAAUCGUUUUCAAUCCAUCAGCCAAGGGAGUAGCGUACGCUCGUACUGAUAUUGGAGGCGCGUACCGUCUCAACUCGGAUGACACAUGGACACCUCUGCAGGAUUCUGUGGGCAACAGCAACUGGCAUAACUGGGGUGUUGAUGCUCUCGCUACUGAUCCCAUCGAUACCAAUCGCUUGUACCUGGCAGUUGGGAUGUACACGAACGAAUGGGAUCCUAACGUUGGCUCGAUUAUGCGCUCGGCCGAUAACGGUAAUACUUGGUCGGAAACCAAGCUACCGUUCAAAGUUGGAGGAAAUAUGCCUGGGCGUGGUAUGGGCGAGCGUCUUGCUGUAGACCCUAACAAGAACAGUAUUCUAUACUUUGGCGCGAGGAGUGGCCAUGGCCUGUGGAAGAGUACUGACUACGGAGCGACCUGGUCCAACGUCACUUCUUUUAUCUGGACUGGAACUUACUUCCAGGAUGCCAGUUCCACGUAUACGUCCGAUCCCGUUGGUAUUGCUUGGGUUACAUUUGAUUCCACCUCUGGUUCAAAGGGCUCUCCCACUCCACGCAUCUUCGUUGGAGUUGCGGACACCGGUAAAUCAGUGUUUGUGUCUGAAGAUGCCGGAUCUACAUGGUCCUGGGUUACCGGAGAGCCACAGUACGGCUUUCUACCUCAUAAGGGAGUGCUGUCUCCAGCUGAAAAGACUCUUUACAUCUCUUAUUCCAACGGAGCUGGUCCGUACGACGGCACCAAUGGAACGGUACACAAGUAUAACAUCACCAGCAAAGUGUGGACUGACAUCAGCCCUACACCCAUGGCAAGCACAUACUAUGGCUAUGGCGGUUUAUCUGUCGACCUGCAAGUCCCUGGAACCUUGAUGGUAGCCGCGUUGAAUUGCUGGUGGCCAGACGAGCUGAUCUUCAGGAGUGUGGAUUCUGGAGCCACAUGGUUUCCCAUCUGGGCCUGGAACGGAUAUCCCAACCUGAACUACUACUAUAGCUACGAUAUAUCAAAUGCCCCUUGGCUGCAAGAUGAUACUUCAACAGCUGAGUUUCCCGUUCGUGUCGGCUGGAUGGUUGAAGCUCUCGCAAUUGACCCAUUCGAUUCUAACCACUGGUUGUACGGAACCGGCGCGACGAUUUAUGGUGGCCAUGACCUCAAGAAUUGGGACACCGUGCAUAAUGUCACCUUGAAGUCUCUCGCCGUCGGCAUCGAAGAGAUGGCUGUCCUUGGACUCAUUUCUCCUCCAGGCGGACCACCAUUGCUGUCUGCUGUUGGCGACGUUGGAGGAUUCUACCAUUCAGAUCUCGGCAAGGCACCGGCUCAAUCCUUCCAUAACCCAACAUACGGCACUACCAACGGCAUUGAUUACGCUGGUAACAAACCAUCCAACCUUGUUCGCUCAGGAGCCAGCGACACGCUUCCUACCGUUGCUAUGUCUACGGACUUUGGCAAGACCUGGUCGGCAAACUACGCAGCUUCUUCCACCACGCCCACCGGGCAGGUUGCUCUUUCUGCGGACGCCGAUACCGUCCUGCUGAUGAACUCCAAUGGAGCCAUGGUGUCGAAGUACAGCAGCACAUUCAGUGCCGUCUCGUCUCUGCCCUCCGGUGCGGCCAUUGCAUCUGACAAGUCCAACAAUACAGUCUUCUACGGUGGUUCGGCCGGCUCCUUCUACGUUUCCACCAACGGCGCCACCUCGUUCACCAAGACUGCAUCCCUUGGCUCCAGUACCGCCGUCAAUGCCAUCCGCGCCCACCCCUCUAUUGCCGGCGACGUCUGGGCUACUACCGACACCGGUCUCUGGCACUCGACAGACUACGGUAAGACAUUCACCAAGGUCGGCGGUGGAUGCACAGCAGGCUGGAGCUUCGGUCUGGGUAAGGCUUCGUCGACUGGUUCCUACGCCGUCAUAUACGGCUUCUUUACCAUCGACGGGAUAACCGCACUCUUCAAGACGGAGGACAUGGGCACGAACUGGCAAAUGAUUUCUGAUUCCACACACGGCUUCGGCGCUGCGUCAGCUAAUGUGGUCAAUGGCGAUAUGUCAAACUAUGGACGUGUGUUUGUGGGCACAAAUGGAAGGGACCACAUCGACAAGCACAAAGUCAUCCGGUACUACGACUUCGACAACGCUGACCACGACUACUAA